AGAGGCGCUCUCUCCCCAAUAGUGUCUAGCUGUACCUUCUGGAAGUGUCUGUAAAUGAAGGAACGGUCCGCGAGACGAAACUCUUGGGAUUACACACUUACUACGCCAUAUUGAAAUGAAAAUGAAAUAAAAAUGUUAUUUUAAGUGAAACAAAACUCUGAAAGCUGGGGGUCGUCAACAAUGGUCAUUUCCUUCUUGUGUGGGCUGCAGGGGAGGAGUCGGCGCACAACGAGGGGAGGAGAAGGGGGUUAUUUCUAAAAUGUCCCCGGUAACCGGUCAGUCACAAUGAGUGACAACGAAACUAACUUGAAGUUUAGUACGGUAGUUCAGCUGCCACUUUCUUCUUUAACAUCCCACGCGAGACUUACUGCGACUUACUCUUUCAUCCGUCAUUAAUCGCUUUAUUUUACCCACCAGCUGCGUCAGAAUAUGGAUAUAUACGCUAGAAUCUUCGGCUUGUUGACAUGUAUCCUCCAGACAAUUCUGCUGUCAUCGGCCACCCUCGAACCGUUUGACCUGCUCUAUGAUAACGGAGUUGAGGCUUUCUAUAAAGGAGACUAUGGCAAAGUGGUGCGGUACAUGGAGAGCGCGUUGGGCAGUUUCUCCGAAGUGCGUCAGACCAGGAUCAGAUGCAGGCUGGAAUGCAGAGAACAGCAUCGCUUUGAUGGCUUUCUGAACGAAGAUAAGUUCUUUGAAGUGAUUCUUCAUAGGGCGCAUUGUGCGAACGAAUGCAUUGAGAGAAAGCUGGGAGCUCAGUCCAUACACAAAGUCAGUGAAGAUGUCAUUCAAGAUUUUCAUAGAAGAAUUCCCUACAACUACCUGCAACUUGCCUACAGAAAGCUCGGGCAACUGGACAAAGCUGCGUCUGCUGCUCAUACAUAUUUCCAAGCCAACCCUGAGCAUGUGGAGAUGGGCGAGGACUUGGAGCAGAACAAAGCCCUGCAGGGUGUAAAAAAGGAGCACUUCAUUGACCGGGAAGCCCGACCACAUCAGAAAGUCUUCUUUGCUGGCGUGAAACUCUACGACAAAGGCAAGUAUGGAGAGGCCGUGACUUUAUUCGAGGAGGCCCUGACUGAGUACUACAGGGCUGAUGUGGAGUGCCGGGCUUUAUGUGAAGGGCCACAGCGCUUCGAGGAGCAGGAUCAUGUCUUGUACAAAUACAGCCUCUACGAGCUGAUCUCAGAUCAUUACACACAGGUUCUUCACUGUGAGCAUGAGUGUGUCAGAGACUUGGCCACCCGCCCCGGACGCCUGUCACCCAUGGAAAGCUACCUGCCCCUGCAUUACGACUACUUGCAGUUUGCCUAUUUCCAAGUGGGAAGGAUUGAGGAUGCUUUGGCGUGCGCUCUGACAUACCUGUUGUUCCAUGAAGGGGAGGAGUUCAUGACUGAGAAUGUGGAGUAUUACAGGGAGGUACUGGGACAUGACGGCCAGCCUCGUAAGGAAGCUGAACAGUACUUGAGACGGUAUAGGCAGGAGUCAGACCUGCUAGUCAUCGGCAGCAAAAACAUUGGAGCGCCUUACAUUGAGGGGAAUUAUUGGAGCAGUUCAGGGGGUAGAGAAGAUGCUAACAGAAUUCCUUCUGGUACAGAUGGAUGGAUGGACUAUGUGCCGAUAUCAGGAAAGAAGAACGUCACUGUGGUUCAAGAGCUUCAUGAAGGAGGUCCACUGCUCUAUGAGAAUGUAAAACUUGUGCAGAACUCUGAGGCUCUCAAUGGAACUCAAAGAGUGCUUUUCGAUGAUGUCAUCACCGAGGACGAGUGCUCUGAGCUUAAACAUCUGGCACACAGUGUCACUGCAGCUGGUGAUGGCUACAAGGGAAAAAUGUCCCCUCACACACCCAAUGAGAAAUUUGAAGGGGCAACCGUAUUGAAAACGCUCAAGUAUGGAUAUGAGGGACGUGUACCUUUAAGAAGUGCUCGCCUCUUUUAUGAUGUCAGCGAGAAGGCCAGGCGGAUAAUUGAGUCAUACUUCAUGUUGAAUUCCACUCUGCAUUUCUCAUACACACAUCUCGUGUGUAGGACAGCCAUAUCUGGUCAACAAGACCACAGAAAUGAUCUUAGUCACCCAAUACAUGCCGACAACUGUCUACUUGACCCAGAGGCACAUGAAUGCUGGAAAGAGCCGCCUGCAUAUACCUACCGUGACUACAGUGCCUUGCUGUAUUUGAAUGGGGAUUUUAAUGGUGGAGAAUUCAUUUUUACCAAAAUUGAUGCCAAGACUGUCACUGCGUCUGUGAAGCCCAGGUGUGGCCGGAUGGUUGGUUUUUCAUCUGGUGGAGAGAAUCCGCAUGGUGUGCGUGCGGUCACUAGAGGGCAGAGAUGCGCUGUUGCACUUUGGUUCACUUUAGACCCCCUCUACAGGGAACUGGAGAGGCUUCAAGCUGAUGAGGUGGUUCAAGCUUUGGAAAACCAGCACAUGUGGGAUCACAGCCUCCAGAUAAACCCGAAAGACGAGUUAUAGUCCAUCAGCCAAUUGGAAGAGAGCACAGGAUUCAUGUCAAUGCCUAUUUAUUUAAUGAUCAGAAUGAUUUUAUUUUUUUACGGUUUGAUGUAAAGGUUUUUUAUUUUGUUUUUGACCUUUGGAAAAACUAUUAUUAUUAUUAUUAUUAUUAUUAUUAUUUGUGCAUAGUAAGACCUCAGUUUGAAAUCUGGCUCACAUUUUUGCUUGUUUUAGUGUGUUUGAAAUAGCUUCUCAUUUUAUACCCUUAAAGUCAACGUGAAAUCAAAAUUCACAGUGUUUACUUUACCCUUAUGUUGUGUUCCAACUUUUUUUAUAACUAUAGUUUAUUUCAUUCAGUUGGAAUACAAUUCCAUGACUUUGUUCACUCAGGACAUCUGAACACAAAUUAUAAGAUAAUUAUAAAAAUGUAUUGGUUUUAUUACACUGUGUUACACCUCUGGUGUUCCCAAUCUAAAGUGACCAGCCAUUAGAAAAGUAUGGAUUAGAUUACAAAAUACAGAAAUAUUAAGUGUUCAGGAACAUCCCAGUCCUUUAGGUGAUUUAUGAAUGUAUGUUUACACACACAAAGUCCACGGACAUGUGCUCGCACACAAAAAACACACACAGCGUGUGUUGAGCACCCUUUUGUGCAUCGUCUUUCCAUGGACACUCUUUGAAGAGUAUUUCAAGAUCUACAUAUAUUAUGUGUUUGGGCUCAUUUGAAUCGGGAUAGUCUGCUGUAAUUUACGUCAUGUCAUUGUCUAUGUUAUAUGUAUGUUUCAGGAAGUAAUGAGGAAAAAAGUGACAAAAGACACUCCUGUUUAUUAUAUUUAAGUGUGUCAGUGGGAACUUCAUACACUAAUACUCACUGCAAUUUGGCCUUCGAGUGAAACAAAUUUGCUCGUUGUAUUUUACUAAUUGAGACUUUCCAACAAUAUAUAACAUGGCUAUCUUUUUCAAUGUUUUUACCAACUCCGAAUAUAAUUGUUGUGAUAACAAAUUGGCAACUUAUGAGAACAAAAUAGUGCUAGUUUGUCAGAAAAAUGAAAAAGCGUAAUUUAAGAAUUGGUAGGAUCAGCUUUGCAUUGUAAAGUCCAGAUGUUAAGCUUUAAAAUGAAACCUAAUUUGUUUAGAUCAAGCAAGCCUUUAGUAUUUUAUCACAUCAUUUGAAUUUUUUCUGCAUGGAGUGCCCCCCACUAGUCUGGUAUAAGCUCAGUUCAAUGAAUCCUUCUAUCAAUAACAAAUACACAUGUAUAAAAAAUAUGUUCAUAAAAAGGUACAAAACCAAAUCAUAAUUACUAAAAAGAAGUUGACAAGAUCUCAAAAGGUAUUGGCACAAAUGAACACAACACAAGGGUUAAUACACAUGUCUGGUCUUAUUGUGCACAAUUCAUUAAUGCACAUUGUUUAAAAAAAAUUAUGUUUUUUCAUAAUCUUUCAUCAAACUGAAAUAACUUUCUCUGCCUCUGAAACGACUUUCCUUUUUGUCUGACAUAAAAUAGUGUUAUUGCCAAUUAGCCAAAUAGCUACUGUUGUAGGUACUGCAAUCUUUCUAAAAUCUCUGCAAUAGUUCAUGCAGUAAAUUUAAUGCUUGUUUGAAAUGCCCGAUUUUCACAAUCCAAUCAAUUCCCGCUGGAUAUAUGAAGUCUAUAAUAUUUUUCUAUUUCACAUUUAGAAAUGCGUCACAUUACGGAAAUAAAAUGGGCUGCGAUUGCGUUUCAUGUUGACUUUAAAAGAAACAGGGAACAUUAUUUUCAUUGCUAUUAAGGAAAAUAGGAUUUGGCAGUUUCAUUUUAUGAACAGAAACUUACCAUUCGUAGCAGCAAUAAUCUUAAUAGCUGUUUUAGAAUUAUUUGAUACUCACGUUUGUUUAACUAGACAUAAUCCAAGUUACCCAAAGAAACAGACUAUGAAAAAUUAGGAUUUGCACAGUUUUAUAUAUAUAUAUAUAUAUAUAUAUAUAUAUAUAUAUAUAUAUAUAUAUAUACUGUACAUUCUUUACAUGUUUUUGCUUUUAAUGUACUAUAAAAAGAGCACUGUGAUUUAUUUCUGUGACACUGCGAUGCUUUUAGAUUAUUCAAUUUAUCUCAUGCCUCAAAACCAUGGGACUAGAUAACUGUUUACAAAUGAGCUGACUCCGAUCUAUGGUGUGGUUUGAUCAUAGACAGCGACCGUAUAAUAGCAAGUGUCAGCAGAAUUUGAUAUUAGGAACCUUUUUUAAUAAAAGAUUCUAUUUGUUCCUGUUUCAAGGAAUUUGAAAUUAAAUGUGGCAUAUAACUGUCCUUUCCUUUCAAAUUAAUUGACUUGUGUUGCAUUUCUCUUUUGGACAGUUGCAAUGUGCUUUGCACUGAGAUGUAUGGAAGAAAAUAGAUUGAUAGGCUACUCAUCUACAGUUGAUUUUAAACGCCGGAGGUCUUGUUGAAUUUUGAAUAAGGAGGAUGGCCACUUUUUGUCAGUGAUAUUUAAGUACAUGAGUAUUUAAGUAUUCUUUUAUGUAAUGUAAAAUGUUGUUUGCUAUAUGGAUUUUAAAUUAAAGACUGAAAUAUAUCUAUUCUAUCUGUGUUCUUCAGUUUUUGUAGCCAGAAAUAAUUAAAUAUGUACUAACUACACUGUAUUCUUUGUAA